AUCCGGCCCAAGUUGCAGCCUUACCUGGAACGCUAAAUGCCUAAAACCCAACGGCGUGCGGCCAACAGCGGCAGCGCCUAGCGGUAGCGGAGGAGGAAGAGAUGUGAUGAGAAGAUGACGGUGCAAUGGUGGAGCAUAGCGAAGGAAGCGUUGGAUCGAACAUUCAUAGUUGCCAAGUUCCUCUGCGUUCUCCACGUCACCAACACUUACAUCUGCACUCCCACUCUCGUGUACGGUCCAAGUAUGCUACCUACCUUGAAUCUGACGGGCGACCUGCUUUUGACGGAGAGGAUAUCUACCAGGCUCGGGAAGGUGGGUCCCGGCGACAUCGUCCUCGUACGGUCGCCGGAAAACCCUAGGAAGACUGUUACCAAGCGUGUGAUGGGUAUGGAAAGCGAUCGAGUGACCUUCCUUGUCGACCCCAAGAACAGCGACCGAUGCCAGACUGUCGUUGUGCCGAAAGGCCAUGUUUGGAUUCAGGGGGACAACAUAUAUGCCUCCAAUGAUUCAAGACACUUUGGAGCUGUUCCGUAUGGACUGAUUCAAGGAAAAGUGUUUUUCAGGAUAUGGCCACCUGAAGGUUUCGGAUCAUUGGGACAACGAGAGUAAAAGUCAUUGCAUCUUGCAGAUUGGGAAGCAUCGACUCCAUAUGACUGGGAAGCAUCAACUCGAUCGAUUCAAACUGCGGUUGGCUAGGAAGCAUCAACUCCAUCCAUUAAAACGACUUCAGAUUGGGAAGCAUUGAUUCUAUUUGGUUGAGAAGCAUCAACUCUACCAAUUCAAACUACGAUUGGCUAGGAAGCAUCGACUCCAUCUUCAAAGCAAGUGUACUAGAGGAAGGUGGUGAAUGAUAAUGCCAAAUUGGCUAAAACAACAAGACAAUUGAAUAAAGCUCAUAAUGCUUAUCUCUGUAAUUAAUACCCAAACUAAAUAUCUACUUAUAUGAUCAACAAUAAGAACAAAUUAAGUGCCUAGAUUGUCUGGUAUGGAACAACCUAGGUGGUGUUUAACAGAUGCAGGCACC